CUAUGAAAAUUUUCACUUUUAAAUAAUUGAAAAUCUAUUGUGUCAAUGAAUUACCGAGCAGACACAAAAGCUAAAUUAAACGCUAAUUUAAGCCUUUCCAAACAUUUGUCAUCGAAAAAAGGUUCCCGUACCUCCAAUUGCGGUAACAUCCUAGAAUUUUCCGUGCUAACCCGUAUACACAGUGUGCCCUGA